AUGGAUUCUUUGGCUGUAAAGCCUGAGGAAUUUAAUGGUUUUACUAGAAAUGAAUACGAAACAACUAAUUCUAAUACACCUAGAAACAUGUCAGUUAACAGUAGUAAUAUUGUUCAUAAGUUAUUUAAUAGAGAGAUAUAUGGUUGCACAUCAAGAAAAAGCAAUGAUAGAGGCCGCAAAGUCUUUGAACGUAUCCCACCGCGGUUGCGUUUCUGCCUAAUGGACAUUGUGCCAAUGCCUUACCUCAGGGAGCACGUGUUCAUGGGUUUCUCUCAAUGUGGGCAGUUUCUGCUUAGUUUCACAUAUAGCUGUAAUACUCAAGUCUAUUUUAGGGAAAGUUCUAAGUUUACUCUCCACUUCUUGUCGUGGGUGCCUGGUCGUGUAGUGCGGCCAGUUCACAGCGUGCCGCUGUUCGGUGAUGACUGCGUCGAUAGUAAAGUCACGAUAUCAAUGGCACAAUGGAAGCACAAUCCUGCUGUGCUAGUUGUUUAUGGUAUUGCUGAUUCCUGCUCGGAACGGUCCUACCUCAGUGUUAUCGGAGUACCCCGUCUUGGAUGUAAGAAAUGCGCCACAUUUUCGAAUGAUGAAGAUGAUUUAAACUGGGGCAAAAGAUGUUUAGAACAUAACUUCGCUAUACACACAAAAUUCUUCUGUACGUCCGAUUCUAGCAUGUACGAACCAGUCGUCCAGCUCGCAUACUCAAAUCAGAUAAUUAUAUACACAGACUUCAUACAUAUACUCGAAAUAGACUUUGUUAAGCCUGACCCAGAAAGAACUGACGUUACAGAAGACGUUAAAUAUUCUUUAGAUAGAGAGGAAACGAAUUCUGUGGACAUGAACCCCAGUACACCGGCCUCAGAUGUUUCGGCAGCCUUCCAAUCCCCAAAAUAUCAGAAUAAUGUAGUUCAAAAUAUUCUAGCAGAUUUUUCAGAUUUAGAAAUGGAACCAUAUCAAAUGUCCAAGCCUGUACGACUUCCUGACGUCAUGGGACAAGAAUUAUGUAUCCAAGCUUCUUCAAUAUCUCACAAUUUAGUCGAGGAAUGGGAAGGACCUUCGCCUUCUAUCAGAACUUUAAUAAGUCCACCUUUAAGAUCGCCAAGACGGCGACCUGCUGAGAGCAUGUCCAGGUUUAACGAAACACAUAGGACAAUAGCAGAAAAAGCUUACGAAUUUGUUGAAGAAACGGAGACCAAGUGUGAGAAACUUAGUAUGUUCAGGAAACGAAGGUUAGCGGACAAAAAGUACGAAUUUUCAGAAGACAACAACGAAAACAUUGUACCGUUUAGAGUGUUGAGGAGCAAUAGGAAAUAUUUUAUCGGAUCAACGAGUAAAAGUCAGUUAAGGCGACCAAAGUCACCUCCAGUAGAAAGUGUAGUUUUAAGAGCCCACAACCAGAUUAGUAGACCUCCUUCACCGACGACAAGCUCCGACACAAAGAGUAAUGGACUGUUGACGUUGGAAUCCGACCACAAUAGCGAAUCUGAGUACAGAGUAAUGGAAAUGUUAGACGAUGGCUCUCUAAAAACGGUGGCUGUGCACGAUAAUACCUCAAAGACAUUAUCAGACGUCCCUGUGAACGCUCAAGACCCUUAUUUAGUGCAUUCGGAAAACUCAAAGUGUAGUAAAUUCUUUACAAGAUUUUUCGUUGAAAGUGACGAUGAGAUUACGUCAAUCAUCACGGAUUCAGAAGACGACUGUAUCUCUGGGUACCACGUGGCGCUGCCGCUGUCGGCGCACGGCGCGGGCUACGCGGCGCUGCAGGGCGUGGGCGCGGGCGCGUGGGAGCGCCUGUGCGGCGCCGCGCCGCCGCUGCCGCCGCUCACGCUGCGCGCGCACCAGCGCUCGCUCGACACCGAGCUGCUGUGCAACGAGGUGUGCGGCCGCCUCUGCAAGAUCAACGGGAAGAAGUUCAUCUACUGCUUCGACUGGGGCUGCCACGUCAUCGACGUGUGCCAGUCCAGCGGGUGCUUGUCGGGGUUGUGUGCAAUGUGGAUGUGGGCGAGCGAGGAGAGCGAGGCGGCGGGCGAGUGCGAGGCGUGUCGCGCCGUCAGCGCCGGCUGCUUGCUGCAUCGACAGCAGUACGCCGCGGAGUGUCUGUUCGUAUGGGAUUUAGUAAGCGGCGUGUACAGAACUGAAAGAGUCUCCAUGACAGAAGAUUCUAGCCAAGACUACAGUAGAGUUUCCGGAGCUGACCGAGCGCGGGAGCUCGCGAAGACACUAGGUCCUAUUAACACGCCACCAGGAAAUGAAAACCGAUUGCUCACCACGUUAACAGGGCGAUCACUAAAAAGACUGACAGAUGUAGACAAUUGCAUCGAGAUAACGAAGAACCACCCAGAUAGCUCGGAGUCUGAAUCUUCGUCAGAGGAUGACAGUGAUUAUGACUGA